GCAGCCGGCUCGGGGCCUGCGGCGCAGAGGCCCAGUGAGGGCCGCGCCAUGCCGCUCCUGCGCGGCGGCCUGCUGCCGGCCCUGCUCCGCUCGGGAGCGCUGGCGGCCGGGCAGGGCCGCCGCUGCGGCGGAACCGGCGGAGUCCCGGCCGGGGGCGCGCGGGCCGAGCGGGGAAGCCGGAGCUGCCCAGGUAGCGGCGAGCGGGGGCCGGGCCCGGAGCGCGGGAGCGAGUCCACUGGGGUCGCCGAGGAGGGGAGCCGGCCGCGGGCGGAGCGUCCGCUAGGCCGCGCUCGAGGCCUCUGCGGAAGGCCGCGGCCCCCGCCCUGCGCGGUGGGCUCGCCCAGGCGGGAGCUUUUCUGUGGCUCGCGGGCUCCCGCGCUCGCCGAAUCCCGCCGUCCUGCGUCUGCAGCCAUGCCCUGCUCGGAAGACGCGGCGGCCGCCUCGGUCAGCAAGCGCGCUCGGGCGGAGGAUGGCGCUCGGCUGCGCUUCGUGCGGCUCUCGGAGCACGCCACGGCGCCCACCCGCGGGUCCGCCCGCGCCGCGGGCUACGACCUGUACAGUGCUUAUGAUUAUACCAUAUCACCCAUGGAGAAAGCCAUUGUGAAGACAGACAUUCAGAUAGCUGUUCCGUCUGGGUGCUAUGGAAGAGUAGCUCCACGAUCUGGCUUGGCUGUAAAGCACUUCAUAGAUGUAGGAGCUGGUGUCAUAGAUGAAGAUUACAGAGGAAAUGUUGGUGUUGUGCUGUUUAAUUUUGGAAAAGAGAAGUUUGAAGUAAAAAAAGGUGAUCGAGUUGCGCAACUCAUUUGUGAACGGAUUUUUUAUCCAGACCUAGAAGAAGUUCAAGCACUGGAUGACACGGAAAGGGGCACAGGAGGUUUUGGCUCCACGGGAAGGAAUUAAAAGUUUGCUUGAAAAUAUUUGCUGUUUCAGCGCUGCAAACAGGAGCUUAAAUUCUGGCAGUAUUUCUUGUUCUAGGCUGCAGGAAAGGAGCCCUGUUAAUAUCCCGUUGGAACUGCUCUGUCUCUGCGGUUGAUGGUUGUAAAUCUAUUGAGGAUGGCAUUGAUGUGCAGAUUUCGCAAAAUGAAGUGUACAAGUAGAUUUUUUUGUUGUUUUAUUCCUUAAACUAGAGUCUUCAAGUGGUUUUGCUCUCAUUGCUGUAUCAGUUGUAACUUUUUCCUGUAAUAAAGUUGAAGUCUUUAGCAGAUACGAUUUUACCUAAGCUAACUGAAGAACCAAAAAGAGGUCAAGUGUGCUCCGGGGCUGUUGCAGCACUUGGAGCCUGAGUCGAGAGGGUUGCUGUGAGUUAGAGGCUAGCUAGCCGGGGCUGCUGUGAGGUACUAAGGAAGAGGGGCAGUGUUAAAAGGUAAGUCCUUGUUCUUUUCUGCACUGGUGCCGUGUGACCCUGGGACUUUAAAGGUCUGCUCACCCCAGAUCGGGAACCCACAAAAGCACAAGUUGGUGAGCGAGUGAGUUUACAGAACCAUGGGGGAGGAGUUAAAACAGGAGCUGAAAUGACUCAAAGGUACCUGCCUCCCUGCAAGCCCACCCGACAUGAUGGCUGCUCGUUGAGGCCGUGACCCUAGAGCACACUGCACAGCCUGUCGGCAGCUCAGAAGUGCCUUGGAGAAGCUCAGUUGCUCGUAAGUGCCCAGUCAGCCCUCCCUGCGUAUGUAAUGGUGGGGGCUUCUUCCCUGCGUUGCCUUUUCCGGCAGUUCCCUGGCCAAUAGGACCAUCACUUGUUUGGACUGUCUGUCUGCCAGCCACCCUGAUGACUUUCCCUCACAGCCCUACUGUCUGAAUAGAAAUCUUAUAGGCCAAACCAAUGUUAAUAUUAGUAACAGAUUCAGGAGUGUGUCUGGAGACAAAACGGCAUGCAAAAUCCACACUAAGGCAUGGGUUCCUUCAAAUGAUAAUGCUGUAAUCCAUGGCUGGACAUUUUAGACAUCUCUGCUGGUGUAAACUACUCAGCCCGGCCCACCCCCAGUGUUUCUUUCGGAAAUACGCUCCAAAAUGUUUAUUUUGCCUCUUGGGCUUGGUAAGUUCUCUUUUUUGUAUUGUCUAUAAACUUUAAAAACAUGGCUCAGGGAAAAAAACAAAACAAAACAAAAAAAACAUGGCUCAGGCUGGAGAGAUGGCUCAGUGGUUAAGAGCACUGUCUGCUCUUCCUAAAGGUCAUGAGUUCAACCCUGGGGACCACAUGGUGGCUCACAACCAUCUAUAAUGUGAACUGAUUACUUCUGGUAGAUGUAAAUGCAGAUAGAACACUCAUAUACAUAAAAUAAAUAAAUCUUAAAAGAACAUGGCUCAGAAAAGAUUAUGUUUUUAUUUGUAUCUUAACUGCAUUUUACUGUAAGUAUUUUCAAUAUGAAAAAUGUAUAUAAAAUUUGAAGGAAAACAGAAAAAUGAGUUUGGGAACUAAAGUCAAGGAUAAGUUUAAAAAGAUUGAAUAAACUUCCAGCUCUCCCAA